AAAUAAAAAGGGAAGUAGUAGAAGGAAAGGAGACUAAACAAAGGUGGAGUCUUGGUACAAAAGGAAGCCAUCAGAGAGAUAGAGAGAGAGAAUACAAAAGAUCAAAAAAAUUGAAAUAGAAGAGUUGUGAUUCUUUCUUCCCUUCCCUUCCUCCCUCAGCAAUUAGUUUGUCCUAUUUUGCGUGUUGGUUUUCUCUAAAUCGCAAAACCCUCUCUCUCUCUCUCUCUCCUCUAAUCUUCUCUUGUGCUUCUCGCAGCUUCGACGCUUCAUCCAUUCUAUAAUUCUAUUCUAUUCGGUGAUUACAAUUUUAUCAAACAAACCCCCUUUCUUUCUUUGCUUUCUCUCUCUAUCUCUCUCUCUCCCUUUUCAAUUUUUUUUUUUUUUUUAAAGUUCUUGGAGAAAAAGGUUGCCAAAUUUCAUUGCUGCUUUUACAGAGCAAGAUAAAAGAGAGUUGUUAGUUAAGAUGGAGAUGAUGUGCUAUCAACAGCAGCAGGGGAGGAAUUCUUACACAGAUUCCCUCAAGAUUUUGGAGUCUGAUAUUCAACAAGCCAACGCCCUACGAGAGUCAGACCAACACCGCCGAAUCAUUACAUGUUUAUUUGUGGUUUCCCGCGCGGCUGCGAUCCCUAAAGCAAAGGGAGGUGCGCGCCUGCAAAUGAAAGUGGUUUACAACGAAAUGACGCCGCUCUUGAUGUAUUUUCUUCGAUGGUUUGAUUGUUCGUGCUCGUGCUUUAUGCCUAGGCAUCUCAAUCUUUUCGACAUCCUCAUAUACAAGGUGUAUGCAGACGGGAGGCCAAAAGUAUCGACCCGCGGAAGGAAAGCUUCGAUACGAGACUUUUACGCUGUUAUAUUGCCGUCGCUGCAACGUCUCCAUUACGACCUAGUCGAGCUUGACGGCACGAAAGACGAACACCCCCUUCGAAAGAACGUCGGGAAGAAGACCCGGGAAGGCGACGUCGGAGAAGCCAACUCGGAUUCGGAGAGAGACGACGAAUGCGGUAUUUGCUUAGAGCCCUGCACGAAAAUGGUCGUCCCGGGUUGCUGCCACGCCAUGUGCAUAAAUUGCUACCGCGACUGGAGUACGAGAUCAGAGUCGUGCCCGUUUUGCCGGGGCAGUCUCAAGAGAGUGAAAUCGAGAGACUUAUGGGUUCUGCCGUGCAAAGAUGAGGUGAUCGACCCGGAAACAGUCCCGAUGGAAGAUUUACGACGAUUCUAUCUUUAUAUUCGGAACCUUCCGAAGGAUUCGCCCGAUGCGCUAUUCCUGAUGUACUACGAGCAUUUGAUAUGAAGGUGAAGUUUCGAUUCGACGCAGCCGUAUACCCCCGAAGCCGACCGAACUCGAAAUGUAUAUAGUGUCCGGUAAGGAUGUGUUUGUGUGGAAUAAGUGUUGACACGGCCGUGUUGCCUUCGCCAGCCGAAAAAUGGCUUGGGAAAUUAGAUGGCGAUGGGAGCCGUGUUGAUGUAAUUUGUGGCAGAUGGUGUCGUCCUGUCUUUUGCUCUAAUUUUGUGGGCUUAAGACAAACAAUGUUUAUGUAAUGUCUAAUCGAUCAUUCAUGCAAAAUUAUGCAUUGUGUCGUGUCACCUCAACUUUCUACUAAAGUUUGAAUAUUUUAUUAAAUUCGAU